GGCUGUGGGCGCCGCCGCCGCCGAGGAGCCCAAGAUGGAGCUGUCUGCAGUGGGGGAGCGCGUCUUCGCCGCCGAGUCCAUCAUCAAGCGGCGCAUCCGAAAGGGGCGCAUCGAGUACCUGGUGAAAUGGAAGGGCUGGGCCAUCAAGUACAGCACCUGGGAGCCCGAGGAGAACAUCCUGGACUCGCGCCUCAUCGCUGCCUUCGAGCAGAAGGAACGGGAACGGGAGCUGUACGGGCCCAAGAAGAGAGGACCGAAGCCCAAAACUUUUCUCCUGAAGGCUCGGGCCCAAGCGGAGGCCCUCCACAUUGGGGAUGUACACUUUUCUGUCAAGCCUGGUUCUAGCACCUCGUCUCAGCUCCACUCCAGCGCCGCGGUGCACCGGCUCAAGAAAGACAUCCGGCGAUGCCACCGCAUGUCCCGGCGCCCCCUGCCUCGCCCGGACCCCCAAAACGGGGGGAGCGUGGGUGGCGGGGCCGGCAUCCGUCCUCCCGUCUCGCCCUUCUCGGAGACCGUCCGCAUCAUUAACCGCAAGGUGAAGCCCCGCGAGCCCAAGCGCAGCCGCAUCAUCCUCAACCUCAAAGUCAUUGACAAAGGUGGCAAGCCGGCCAACGGGACCGGGGGGGCCCUGGCUCGGCCCAAGAUCCCGUCCCGAAACCGCGUCAUCGGCAAGAGCAAAAAGUUCAGCGAGAGCGUCCUCCGCACCCAGAUCCGCCACAUGAAGUUCGGCGGCUUCUCGCUCUACAACAAGCCGUCCGCCGCGCCCGCCCCCUCCCUGGAGGGCAAAGGGGAGGCCGAAGGUUCCCAGGCGGCCUCCUGCGGGCUCAUGAUGGGCUCCACCCCGUACGAUGCCCCCAGCUCCAGCUCCUCCGGCUGCCCGUCGCCCGCCCCCCACUCCUCGUCCGACCCAGAUGAUUCCCCUCCCAAGCUGCUUCCCGAGACCCUCAGCCCGGCCAUCCCCGACUGGCGCGAGUCGGAGGUCCUCGACCUCUCCAUCCCACCCGAGUCAGCUGCCACCAGCAAGCGUUCUCCCCCGGGAGGCUGCGGCGGGGGGCAGACGCCCUCCUUGUCCCUUUCUUCUUCCGAGCCGGAGCAGGAGGCCGGCGACUGGCGUCCCGAGAUGUCCCCUUGCUCUAACGUGGUGGUCACGGAUGUCACCAGCAACCUCCUCACGGUCACCAUCAAGGAGUUCUGCAACGCGGAGGAUUUCGAGAAGGUGGCGGCGGCGGCGGGCGGCGGGGGAGGCGGCAGCAAAGUGACAAGCAAGGGGACUGUCUGUGAAGAGCAAAACAGUGGGUCGUUGUAGGGAAUACUCCGCGAGGACCUUCUUCCUGUGGUGAGGAGACGGGGAGGGCUUCUUGUGGCAGAGGAACUCGUGCGGUAGAUCCCCUCUGUGGAGGAAGAAAGGAGUACGAUCCGGCUUGCAGACACAGCUCGACCGCUUGCGUGACGCAUCUCCCCCCGGGGGGGGGGGGGGGGGGGGUCACCAGGUGGGAACCAAACCCUGAACCUCUGGAUCUGAAACAAAGAUCCCGUGCUCUUUUCGGGUUAGGUCUGCUAACCCGAAGGCAGCGGCAGCCUCAAAAGUUCCCUCAGGUGGACGAGCCGCUUGGGGCUGACUAACCGACCUUCGUAUUCACGUGGGUUACGCUCCCCCUCUGAAAUUUUUGCCCAUGCUCUGUAACGGAGAUGGGAGGAAAAGAUCUCUCCGUGCCCUUUAGGAGGGGCAUGGGGUGGAGGGAGGAGUUUAUUUGAAAGUAUCCCCUUCCCUUCCCCGUAACCCCUAGAAAAACAAAAAAAAAAAAACAGGGAGAUAAUUCUCUGUGUCUGUGCCAUGUUUGUUCUCUUGUUGUUGUGUUUUUAGAGGAGAUUUUAUGAUGGAGUGGAAAAAGUGAAAUGAUUAGUUUUGCAUAAAAAAAGAAAAGCUUAAAAAAAAUUUCUACAGGGAGAGAGAGAGCGCGAGAGAGCGAGAGAGAGCGAGUUUAAAAAUGAAUAAUAAAUGCAGUGAUUGCACAAACUGUAGUGGUUUUAGAUGGUCCUUAGAGAAAAGAGUAUUUUGUAGUAUCGAAGCAUGUGUGUCUGGGAUGGUGUUUGGCUUGCUUGAACUGGAGGGAAAGGCAUUCUUGGGACUGAGCAGCGACCUGGCUGAAAAGGCAAGUUGCGUGUUGGAGGAACCCUGUCUGCAAACCCUUCCCGUCCUUGCCUCCCAGGUGUCGGAGUGAGUUCCCUUCCCUCCCAUCCCUCUCCUGUGAGCUAAGGUGGAGUCUCCAAAUGGUUUUUUCCCCGGCCUUCAGCAACGGCCGGCCCUCGUUCUGCCCGAGCGCGGGCCAGGCCCGCGACACGGAAACAGUUGACUUAACUUUGCAUGCACAGCAAGCUGCUAGAUUUGGGGUGGGCACGUACCUUCCCUGCCAAGUCGCCGUCUCUUCUCCUUUCC